CCCCACGGCACUCAUUCACUCCCCACGGCACUCAUUCACUCCCCAUACCAAGCUUCGCUGGAACAACUCCCUCCAUACCAUCGAAACCAUCCCCUUCGCUCAUCCCCACCCCUAGUCACCGAGAGAUCACUACUACUUACAGACUCCUUGCCGUUUCUCCCCCAGCUUUCGGUUAUCUACCCGUCUUCGGGGGUGCCUUCCUGGUAGCUACUUGGCUAGUUCGGGCUUCGGAGAAACCUUCGACAGGUGGCUCUUUUCUGGGCACAACUUCGUCUUUCGACCCCCAUACGUACCGGACUCCUUAUGGCCCACAUUCCUUCUACGCCGCCUCCGCAGCUCAAGGCAUACUGGUUCUACACCUCCUCGCAGGCCAUCGAUGACCCCCUCUCGCCGCUUCCUACCACCGGCCCCCAGACCGUGAGACAGCCGCCGCGUCCUUUCUCAAAAUACGACUCGUCCGCCCUCGAAGGUGCCUAUCAGCUGCUUCUACGCGAGAACCAAUCCCGAGGUCCCAACCGCACCGGCCAGAACACCUCGAAAUCUACCUCGCGCUCGCGCUCGCCGAAGCCACGUGAACACCGCGAACACCGUGUAAAGCGUACGGAAUCAUCGCGAUCCCGUGAGGCAGCACUCGAGGGACACCCUAUAUUCAACGUGGAGGACGACGAACUACAGCUCAAAGAUGAGAUUUCCACGUCCGCGUCCACUGCUCCGACACAGGGCUCGAUGCUUGAGCGGAGGUCCUCGAUAGUCUCGGGAGGCCGCCUGGGCUCUCUAUUUGCCCCUUCAUCUGCCCCCAGCAACGUCUCGACUUUCACGGCAGGCACGGAGGCAACGGCGGCCAACACCACUACGACGCGAAACCCCUUCAUACGAUCGCUUUCGCUUUCACGGAAUUCCACCAUGCCUCAGCAGCAAUCCUCGGCAAGCUCUUCGAGACGUUCUAGUAUGACCGGUAAGAGACCGCCAGCAUCCCCAAGCGCGCCGCCGCCACCGCAGAAGGAAAUUCCGGUUGGCAUCCAGAGGUUACACAAAGUGCUUCUUCCGAGCUUGGUGAUGGCGCCAAUUUAUUGGAGUCCACUGCACGACGUAUCCUCGGUAGUGCGCGGUACCUGGUUUUACAAAGAUACCAUGCUUCCGGUGGAGGCGGAAAUUGCGAAUAGACUGGAGAUGGGCUGGGAAGAGGUACGCGCGUGGACCGAAGAGUGGGAUAUGGAGCUGUCCAGUGCUGUCGAAGUUGGGAGAGAGGGUGAGGAAAAGGUGCGAUGGCAGCUUUGGGACACUAGUAGUAUUUCUGUUCCGAACAGUCGCCCUGGGAGCUCUGGUGUUAUGGAGUCGCAGAUGCUCGAUGGCACUGCCCCCACCGCCUCCAAGACCACCACAGGGACCUCAAAUCCGAACGACCCACCGUCCAGGUUAAAGCCGAACGAAUGGGAUUGGGUUCUUUUCGUGAACGGCAGAGAUGCCUAUAUCUGCAGAGACAGCAUGCUUUCCUUCGGGCAAAAACGACCGCUCGCCAACAUCCGUAGGGGGAAACCCGUUGGCACGCAUGUGGUUCGGGGAUUCUCGGAAGCAGAAUGGCUCAAGCUCCAUCCUCCGCGGCGGAAACCUCAGCCUGCACCAACCCCGGCUAAGAACAGGAAUCACUACGUUGUCGAAAAGAAGACUCCCAUGCCGAACAAUCCAAGGCGUACCCCAGCGAUUAAUUCCGAGUUUCAGGCGGGAGGUGAUGUCGGAAGCUUUGUACAGCACCAGGAAGAAGGCCUGGGCCUAGGCGAGAAUGAUGAACAACGCGGGAAGGUGACGGAUCUAUUCCUAGUAAUUCAUGGAAUCGGUCAAAAGCUUUCCGAACGAGUGGAGAGCUUCCACUUUACGCAUUACAUCAAUUCUUUCAGGCGGUUGCUCAACGUUGAGUUGGCGAAUGAAAUGGUUAGGCCACAUUUGAGGGAUGGUGUGGGGUUAAUGGUGCUUCCGAUUAAUUGGAGGCAUAAUCUGACAUUCGAAGGAAUCGAAGAAAAUCACCUAGAUGAGUCGGAAACCGAUACCAAUAAAUUCAACCUGAACGAUAUUACGCCGCCGAGUAUUCCUGCAGUCCGAAAUCUGAUCGGCGAUGUGAUGCUCGAUAUUCCUUACUAUCUGAGCCACCACAAAGAGAAGAUGAUAAAAGCAGUCAUCACCGAAGCGAAUCGUGUCUACAGACUUUGGUGCAAGAAUAAUCCAGGCUUCGAGAAGGAAGGACGGGUUCACAUCAUCGCUCACUCGCUUGGGACUGCGCUGGCCCUGGAUAUUCUGAGCAAACAGCCGACCCAUACCAUUUAUGAUCCUAAUCCUCCACCUCCGCCUUCCAGUGGCAGUGGUUGGGGAAAGAGGAGGAACCGGGAUUCCGGUAUACAACACCAAGAUGAGCACUUUGACUUCAACACUUCGAACAUCUUUUUCUGCGGUGCGCCGGCGGCAUUCUUCCUAUUGCUCAACAGGAGUAUGCUGUUGCCCCGCAAAGGACGAAAUAAACCAGGCAGCUAUGGAGAGGAUAGGGAACCUGGGGUCGCAGGUGAGGCAGGGAAAUAUGGAUGCAUGUCUGUCGACAACAUUUAUAACGUGCUCCAUUAUUCUGAUCCCAUUGCGUACCGCCUCAACCCCACCGUCGAUACCGACUACGCCUCGACCCUCAAAACCGCAUUUGUCCCGUCCACAAACGUCUCAUUCUUCGAUGCCAUCUCCUCGACCAUCCGCUACGUAAUCCCAGGCGUCUCUUCGGAGAACACAUCUCCAUUCGAUGGGUCCCCGCACGCCGCCCAGCAUCCCACGAUCGCGCGCCUACCUUCCAACAUCGAACUAGAAACCCAUGACUUCUCACGCGAGGAGCUGGCCGAAAAGCGGUUCUUCCUUUUGAACGACAACGGACAAUUGGACUGGUAUCUCAACCUCGCGAACCCACUGGAGAACCAGUAUCUCAACAUGCUGGGAGCACACAGUAGCUACCUCUCGAGCCGAGACUUUGCACGAAUGUUGGUAGUUGAAGUUGGCCGGCCCGUGGGGAGAAAAGGAACCCUGAGAGGCAUGCGGGUGCAGAAGAAGAGAGGGUUUUCUUUCGCGAAGUAGGUAAACACGUUGAGCGCUGGAGUUGGGGUAUUUCUUAUGAUAGCUGGCGUUUUCUUUUCAGAGACUUUUUUCUUUCUUCUUCAAGUAAGGGAGACUUUGAUUUUCGCUUUUUCCUUUGCUGCUUGCUUGUAGCACUUACUUACAUAGCGGUUACCCACCGAGCUCUUGAUCUGUCUGUGGUUUUCUCUUGGGGAGCUAUUUUGUUUCUUUAUCUCUUGCCUAGGUAUGCUUUUAUGUAAAUGCUGGUGGAGUGGGAGAUUGUCGAUACAGGUUGGGAUUUCAUUCUUCUGUUGAUGCGCCUCGGCGGCUGACGGGGGCCGGGGCAGGCGCCAAAUGCGCACGUUGUACCAUAUUACACUUGUAUAUUAGGCUCCGUUCGGUGCCGUACGUUUAUUUUUUACUACGCAAUAAAUAAUAAACGGUCCACUAGUCCGUAGCAACUUGGCGCCCAGGCAUCUCAGAUAUCUGUUCGGC